AUGGGACGGCUCACAUGCAGCCUCUGCUUCCUUCCCCUACCGCCGCCGCUCCCAUCCUUUUUCUUUUCCUCCGCUCUCAACGUCGACGCCCAGCUAGUUCCAGCCGUCGGCCUCGCCCUCCAGUCCAAGGUCGCCGUCCGGCUCCCUGCUACGCGUCUGUGUCUCGAAGCCCUGCGACCAAGUUUUUCCCGUGCUCCGGCGCCCCUCCAUCCGUCGGCAUCACGUGCACCAGCAGGCACACGCGUGUGCUCCUUCCGUUCCUGGACGGCCGUCGCACUCCAGUGUUGUUCCAGCCACAAGUUCGCCUCCUCCGUCGUCUACCCCCCCGGCCAACCUUCGUCCCCGUCGCCACCUCCACCUCGUCGAGCACCCCAGGCAUUUGCUUCUUCCCGGAUAGGAUCGCGAAGUGGUGUGGUGAGAUACGACAAGUUCUCCGGAUGUUCCUCGGCAAGCUUUAACAGGUAUGAAGAUAUGUUCGAUGAAGAUGACGCUAGCAAGGUUACCCUUCCGGCUUGGCCUGGGCAGGGUUAUGGACGCCACUGGUUAUCUUCAGGACUCUUAGUCCAAUUUGUAUCUUGUCCGUACUCGGACGUAUUCACUCUUUUGUAUGAUUUGGAUCUUUGUAUUGUAUAUUUGUAUUUUGACUCGUUGGAGUCGUUGUUGUAAUAUAUAUGUUUCUUGUGGGCUCUA